AAUUCUUCCCCCAGCCAUAUUUACCGGCCAUGUCUCUGAACACGAUACAGAAACAGCAAACAUAUCCACUGAUUUCCGUUUGAAUGCGUCCAUAGGAUUUAAUUUUGUAUCGAUUUUCAUUCAAAAUUCGCAACAGCUGGCAGUACUAGGGAGCAGUGACGAAUUUUUCCACGAUGAUAUAGAACAGAGCGUGCAAUUGUCCACAGCACCUCGUUAUGUUUUCUAUUAUGUUUGGGGGUCUUUCUGUCAUUCUUUAUUUUACUGCUGUCCAUUCCUCACACGAUGAAGAAGUGUCAUGUCACCCUAAUGGAGUCCACAUUACCUUCGGUGACAAAGUGUCUGACGCAAUUGUAAUGUGGUCCACGACGGGAAAUUGUUCAACCUCCGUGGAGUACGGACUCGGGCCCUGGGACCUUUCCCUGAGAGCCGCUGGGGAGACAAAGGAAUUCACCGAGUCCAACCCAAACGGACAACGCUACCUCCACCGAGUUGUUCUUAAAGACCUGGAGAACGCCAGAACUUAUUUCUACAGACCCGUCAGUAACCAAAUCAGUAGAGGACCUCUCUUCUUCAAAACGCCACCAGCAGGAUACGAAUGGAUUCCGGAGUUUCUGGUGUAUGGCGACAUGGGGGUAGAGUCAGACGUGGUCCCCGCUCUUGAGAAGGAGGCAUUGUCGGGAAAAUACACCGCCAUAUUUCAUGUCGGCGAUAUGGCUUACAACAUGGAAGACGACGGGGGAAAGCAAAGUAAUACUUCCCUCAAUGAAACUUCCCCAGACCAAUGUACACAGAGGGGUGACCUGUUUCUACAAAUUAUCGAGGACUUUUCCGCCAGGGUUCAGUAUUUGACUUCACCGGGGAAUCACGAAAUAGACACCGGUAGUUUUGCCCAUUACCGACACCGGUUCUCUACCCCAGGGACGCCCUGGCCUAUCCCACUGAACAAGAUGUGGUACAGUAUCGAUAUUGGUCUCGUGCACUUCGUCAGCUAUUCAACAGAAGUGUUCUUCACCUCAGACGGUCAGUACGUCACGGAACAGAACAACUGGUUGAAGGCUGACCUGAAGCAGGCCAAUGAUAACCGGGCCCGGCGCCCGUGGGUCAUCGCCCUGGGCCACCGCCCUCUCUACUGCUCCAACAGUGACGGCGAUGACUGUACCAAGGCGGACUCCAAAGUCCGAGCAGGGUUAGAGGACAUAUUCUACAACUACGGCGUCGACAUUGUCCUACAAGCACAUGAACACUCGUACGAGCGGUUAUGGCCGCAAUAUAAGGGAGUGGUUCUGAGCAAAAACUACACGAAUCCACAGGCGCCGGUUCAACUUAUUUCCGGGGCAGCUGGAAGUAGGCACAGGGAUGAUCCGGAAAAAACUCAAAGAGAAGAAUGGUCAGCCUUUGCAAAUGCAAAUGAAUCACUCAAUAGCGUGGGUAAAUUGAAAGUCCUGAAUUCCACGCAUUUAUACUGGGAACAAUAUAAUCUGCUUACAAAACGGGUCAUUGAUUCAGUAAUGGUGAUACAGGAUAACCAUGGACCAUUCAAACAACAGACAUUAUCGAACGAAAUCAAUGAGAAAAUUGUGAAAGUAAAGGAAAAAGAAAAGCAAAUUAUUAACAACAACAACAACCAGGGAAAACCAUCUACGACGGAGCAUGAUGAGAAAUCGGAUAAUACCGGAAGUACAAGAGAGCCAACGGGUACAGGACAAAAAAUAAAGGAAAUGUUGAAGCACGUUGAUAAAAGGAUAGCCAUCGGAGUUGGAAGUGGAGUUGGUGCUUUAGUUUUACUGAUCAUAAUAAUCGUAGUAGUGAAAAAGAAAAGAGCAUCGAAAACGAAAAAAUACCGCAGAUGGGACGAUAAGGUAGACUACGGCCGGAAGUUCUAUUCUAGUUACAAUCACGUGGACACUGGAGAUAAAGAAGCAGACGACUUUGAGGUCGAUGUGAGUGACGGCCAUUCAGCGGCGUCCAAACUUUUAACAGACGACCGGAAGUGACAUGAAAUAGAUGAACAAUGGAUGAACCACAACAAAUCAACGACCAGUCAGUGGUAGAGUAACAAAUCGAACUGGUUCUUGCCACGAAACCAGUCAAGUGCCAAAAACUAGUCUAGAAGAACAACGUAUGGGGUCGCGUCUCAUUUACCGCUCGAUCGGAAAAAUUAUAUUUGUAAUACAUGUACUUUAUGCUUGAGAUUGGAAGAAAGGCAAUUUCUUAUGAGGGAUAGAACUGCCACCGUAUUCCUUUCAGAGUUUAUUUUGCUUUAGUGCGCAUCUUCUGUCGUUCAUUAUCAGCGACAUUUUGAAAUGAUUCUUCAUAUUAUAAAUAUGGUCAUGUCGUAGCAUACUAAGUAUUUGCUGUUCAUCUUCCCUUUGUGUUAUAGUCAAAGUGCUCCUUACAAAUAUCAUAUGCUCUCCUUGUAUAAUAAUUAUGAUAAUAAUUAUUUCUUAUUGAUUUAUAAUGGCGUUUUUAAAACUCGUUAGUCAUAUCAGUAUUUUUCCCAUUAGGCAAUAGAUCGGUUAAAAUAAUUAAGUAGAGUAGGUUGUAAAAGGGAUGUAUGUUAUCAUUGUUUAAGUUAUUGAUGUUGUAGUAGUAAAUGUUUUUGAGUGCACUUUGUUGUCACGGUAAAAAGGAAGUGUUGUUUGUUGUCAUGGCGGGGUAAUUAUUGUUUGAUGUCUUGGUAAUGGAUUAGUGUUGUUUGUUGUCACCAGGAGGGGUUGGGUGGUAACUAGAUGUGUUGUUGGUUAUUUUGGUCACUGUUUGCCUGUUUUGCUGUUAAUACAUAUAAUUUCCUCAGAAACAUUGGUUUUCAACAAUGUAUCAUCAAGCAUAACUUUAAAAAUAAACAAAUAAUAAUGGCUUACAAAGUACGAACAUUGUUUGAGAAUACCGGUUGUAAAGGUUAAACGAACAUUAAAACUUUUCCAGUGUGUGAUUUAGCCUAAGUGAUCCUGUUGUUGUUAGCUUUGUUGUUGUUGUGAGAUAUGUUGUGAGGGUGACGGAAUUACUAUUAACUUUUAUUGUUGUUCUAGGUUUUCUCUAUUCUGAUGUUGUUGCUGUGGUUGCUGUUGUGAUGGUGAUGGAACUAACAACCAGCAUUGACAUUAGUUGUUGUACUGGGUUUGUUGUAUCUUAAUGUUGUUUGUGUGUUAGUUGUUGUUAUGGUGACGGAACUAACUUUUAACACUAAUUGUUGUACUGGGUUUUCUGUAUUUUGAUGUUGUUGCUGUUGUGAUGGUGGUGGAACUGUUAACAUUAGCUGUUGUACUGGGUUUGUUGUAUUCUAAUGUUGUUGUUGUGAUAGCUGUUGUGGCGGUGAUGGAACUAACAAGCAUUAACAUUAGUUGUUGUACUGGGUUUGUUGUAUUCUAAUGUUGUUGUUGUGAUAGUUGUGGCGGUGACGGAACUAACUACUAGCAUUAACAUUAGUUGUUGUACUGGGUUUGUUGUAUCUCGAUGUUGUUGUGUGUUAGUUGUUGUUAUGGUGACGGAAUUAACUGUUAACAUAAAUUGUUGUCCUUGGUUUGUUGUAUCUCGAUGUCGUUUUCGUUGUUGUGAUUGGUGAUGGUUUAGUUUGAUGUAUAGAUAGUUCCCAAUUUGAAGUGUUGUACAUGCUCUAUUGAUGGUGAUGGUGACAGGUUAAACUAAAAUCAGGAAUAAUCUGUGUUUAGUCAAUGUUGUUCCGCAUGAUUUUGAAUACUAACACCUUAGAUAACUAGUUUACCUUGAAAAUUGAUGUUGUAAACUAAAUGUUGUGAGAUUGCAUGCUUUAAUAGUGUAGUUGUCUGGUAUAGGACUGAUGUUGUAUGUAAGUGUUGUUUUUUGUAUGUUGUUUUAGGAUAUGAUUAUUUUUAUUUGUUGUGUAAAUGGGAAAGGGAAAAUAGACGUUGCUAGAAUGUUAAAUGGGAAAAGAACGAUGACACGAAAAUAUUAGUUUUACAUCAAGACACAGCAAAUCUUACGAAGUUAUGGUAGAUGUCUGGUUUAGGCACUGUUUGCAAGUGUAGUUGCAAGGAGACAUUGUCCGGAUAUGGUAAAAUGAGGUAAAUGCCCACAUCUUUAAUCUUUUGUGUACAUAGUUGUAGUUGAAAAACAGUAGUUUUAAGACCGAUAUCUGAAAUAUUUCAAAGUUUCACUAUUUGGAUGCAAGCAUUUCUGCUUGCCUCUUAGGAGAAGGUGUGUAAUGUGAUAUUUGUUAUGGAGUCUGCUGUUACAAACAGUUGGUGGUCGUUUGUUGAAGGAAGUUUAGUUUGAGUUACUUCUUGAUAUACAAAGGAAAUAGGAGCAUUAUGAUAUAACUGUGGUUUGACAUUGUGCAAUUGACCGUUAAUUAAAUAUGCGAUACGUUUUCAUCUUGGUUUACAUUGUAUAUGAUUAUGUGUUUCUCUUGACGCUUAUUGUACAAAUAUCAUUAUUCAUAAUUAAGACUUUAUUCCAUGACUCAUUGAAUAUUUUUGUAUCAUACUUCGCUUUGACUUGUUUUUAUUAAUGAUAUAAAAUGUAUUGAUUCGAUGUGCAUGUAGUUCAUAUAUAUAUAUAUAUAUUGACUUUAAAGUGUCUUCAAAAUAAGUCGGAAAAGCCGGCUACUAUUGUUAGAUGAUAAAUGGACAUUUGAAACGAAAUCCAUAUUUCUUAUAAAUUUAUUACUUUGUUUUAUUUAUAAAUGUCCCUUUUCAUUUGUUAAAAAUUAAUUAGUCUCAGGUGCUACUACCAUACAGGUGGAGGGUUUGAUACAAACAAAAGUUGUAAUAAAAAUAUUAAAAUAUUAUAAAUAU